UUCUCGAUAAAUUCUCGAACUUGACGUUUAAAACAAUUUAAUAAUAUAUAUUACUUGAUCUAUUUAUUCGAUAUAUUUAUAUAAACAUCAACAUAUAUUUUUACGUAACUUCGUAUUCACAAACACAAAAAAUGGCAUCAACUACUCAACCCGAAUUAUCUAUUCAAACUCCCGCCGCAAACCAACCUGUUAGAAGACAACCAAGAGGUUCUAUUAAUCGUCGGGCAUGCCAGAAAUGCAGACAUUUAAAGAUUAAAUGUGAUGGAGACGCAGAGCGUAACAUUUCUUGUUCUAAUUGUGAUUAUGGAACUUGCAUGUAUGAUAAAAGUCCAAGAAAGAAUCGACAAGUUGAAAAACUUAAUUCAAAAGUAGAAAGUUUGGAAAAGACUUUAAUGGAAACUCAAGAUAAUUUGAAGAUUAUUAACGAAAAUUGUGUCAAAAAAGCCGAAGAAAAUGAAAUUCUCAAAUUAGAAAAACAAGUUUUGAAUUUACUUAUUGAUUGUCAUAAUCACUUCGUAAAUCAUCCCGUAAUUUUUACUCAACUUCGACAAGUUAUUAAUGAAAGUAGAUGUUGGUACAUUUUAUUACAAUUAAUUCAAGCAUUUCUCUUAAGAUUAUCACAAAAUGAUGUUAAUAGCACGAAUAGCAUUAUUGCAACAUUAAAAACCAUAGCAGAAUCUUGUAUUAAUUAUUGUAACCCAGACGAUGCAUUUAAUCCAAAUGCUUCAAUUCCACAAAAUAUCAUCGAAGAGAUGGAUAUUUCAAAUAAUCAUUUAUUUAACACGACAAUCAACACUCCAUCUGUAACAACUGGGUUAGAAAAUUUGGCUUUACAUUCUCCCGGAUCUGAUGCCGGUUCCGAAAUGAGCAAUUUAAAUAUUCCUGAUUUUAAACUUGACAUAACUACGUCCCCUCUCUUAGCACCAACUCAAACAAAUAUCGAUAUCAAUUCCCCACAUUUGACUCCCCCAAUGGAAGAAGUUGCCUAUUUUAGCGGAAGUGAUUAUGGCAGCUCUCCCGUACAAACUUCUAGCGAUUUUCCUUAUACGCAGCAAUAUUUAGAUGAAAGAUUUUUCUAUUAUGAUGUGGAUUCUUCAUACGGUUCAAAUUCAUCAAACAAUGGUCAAUAACUCAAUAACUUAUUAAUACCACCGGUUGGUAAUUAAUAAUAAUUAAUAAUAAUAAUAAUGGUAGUAGAAAAAAAAAAAAAAAAAAAAAAA